AGACUGUGACAGCGUGCAAAAGACGCUACCGGCACUCAAUUCGAGCUGGUCCCUGCUGCGUAGUACAAUAGAUGCUGAACUUUGACUUAGCUCUUGAUUCCUUUGAUUAGCCCACUGAUCGAGCCAAGCCAUCAGCGGCCUCUCCGUCCAUGAGUAUCCACUGCAGAGGCCAAACUGAGAAGAGUAAAGCUCCUGGAAACCACUGCAAGACAUCGGUCAUAAGUGCGCAAGUGAUGCGUGAUUCAGAGCAUAUGCCAGGGACUAGCCAUGAGCCGCUGAUCAUUCUGCAGCUGUUAUGCUUUGCCACAAACUAUCCUCAUCUUAGCUCUCAAUACCAAGCAGGGGCUCCAAAUUUCAACCUUCAAGCUUCAAGCUUCAAGAUCCCCCAGUAUUGUGCCACGUUGAAGACCUCGGAGCCUCAGAAGGUCAUAUUGAACAGACAACCACCUGAUCGCAGAAAUUUAGGGAACCCCACUCCUUAUUCGGAGUCUCCGGCGCCAAAACCAACCUUGUUCCAACAUCCUCCGAUUUCCUUACUUCUCAGCAAACAUUUUGCUAAAUUAAGUCAAUAUAAACCUCAUUUAUGCAAUGAGCCUCACCGCACACACCGAACCAGUAUUUCGGGUCAGGCAGCUGAAUCAAUUCAAUUCUUCGUGUCAGCUUCAUGGACAAAGACCUCCCAUGCAACCAGGUUUUGCUUCGGGGCUCAGCGCAUGGAGACUGAGGUUUGAUCGGGGUAGCUGCGCGCCCUCGAAAGCUCUGAGUGACCCGACCUUACCAAGUAGGUAAGGAAGUCAGUAUUUCAGACCAGUAAAGAUAGGCCAAACCAGCUAUACCCAUUUCUUGGGACUCGAAUCGAGCCCAUUCUGUACUCGGUGUUUCAGUGCCCUCAAAAGCGUUGGGAUUUACACACCGGAUGUGUCCAGUGUAUAGUGGAUACCGACUUCUGCGCUGUCAAGGAAGAUAUAUGAUCCUCGUCCUUGCUUGUCAUACCAGUGGUUGGGCAAGCAACAUAUACAUUUUGGGCAAAUUAGCUAUCUUUCUACUUGCUCUGCCUUACUACUCAUCUAUCUCUUCCUGUAGUUUCUGUUUUGGGUAGACUAGCCAAUACUUCUUUCAGCGCGAUACUCUCCAUCAUCUCAAAGCAAAGAUCGUACGUGAUUCCAAAGGACUUUUCUUCAGAACUAGACUUUCAAAGGCAUCACCCGUCCCUUGCUCAUCCUGUCUACACCCCAAAAUACCAUCUCAUACCAUGGUCUACGGACCCCUAGCAACACAACUCCUCCUCCACCUA